CAGAAGCUAAAGCUAAGCAAAGGAACAAGACAACAACAACAACAACAACAACAUCGGAGAAACCGAAGAAGAAAUCUAGUAAAAGCAGGAGAAAAAUGUGGUUUGUGUAUAUUUGUGAUGAAGAAGAGAAGGAAUUAGGUAGACAAAAAGCAUCAGGUUGUUGUCCUUAUUGUGGUGGUAAAGUUGAAGCUAUGGAUGUUGAGACUCAAUGGAAGUUUUGUUUUUUGCCUAUGUGUUUUAAGAUUAAAAGAAAGUAUUUUUGUACUUUGUGUGCUAGACGUUUAGAAUUAUUGCAGUUUUAUUAAUUAUAAUUCCUAUGUUUUGUUUUUGGACAUGUUCUUGUUUGUUUUUUUUUUCUUCUUCUUCUUCAUCUUUUUUAUUUUUUAUUUUUUAUUUUUUUUUUUGUGGGUGGAAGGUUAUUGUGUAAAUGGAAUGGAAA